AUGCUGUCUCCAGCCAUGGAUCCGGUCUUUAUUAACCGACGGGCGCAUACAGUGUUGUCCAAGAUUGCCCCGAGUCCGAUACUCUGGCAAGAUGUGGACUUGUCUCUUCUUCCCAUCCGCGCUAGUACAGUGAACGACGGCGCUGGAGCGAAGAAGGUGGAGAGGGAACACGAGAUUGGAGAAAUGCAGCAACGUGUGUCUGAUGAAAAGGCCAAGACUGCGCUGGAGAGCAAAAAUCCCGUUGUGAUCGGAGACGCUGCUACUAUCAUCAUACGUACGCUUAGCGUCACGCUGUUUCACGAGGUUAGUAACAUUGUGCUUUGA